CUCUCAUCUCUUAUCGUGCCCACGAGCCCGAAGCCGUCCGCGCCACCUCCUUGCGAUGGCCACCACCGCGACGCUCGGCCUCCUCAACCUCCUCCCAAACCCAAACCCAAACCCAAAUCCUUCCUCCUCUAGCAGUAAGCCAUUCCUCAAACCACCGCCGCGACGCCACCUCGGCCCCCUUCCUUCUGCCUCUGGCCCCCAACACCUGCUCCCGAUCGCCCCACCCCUCCCUGCCACCGCCGCCGCCGCCGUUGCAUUCUCCCUUCCUCUCUUCCUCAAUCCUCAGGAUGCGCUCGCGGUGGGUGGGGAGUUCGGGAUCUUGGAAGGGCGGACCUUCGCGUUGGUUCACCCGGUGGUGAUGGGCAGCCUCUUCGUGUACACGCUCUGGGCGGGAUAUUUGGGAUGGCAGUGGCGGCGGGUCCGGACCAUCCAGAACGAGAUCAACGAGCUCAAGAAGCAGGUGGCGCCCGCUGUCCCCACGCCCGUCGCCGCUGGGGCAGACGGCGGACCGCCGCCGCCACCGCCGACUCCGUCUCCGAUCGAAGCGAAGAUUCAGCAGCUCACCGAGGAGAGGAAGGCGUUGCUGAAGGGAUCUUACAGGGAGCGGCACUUCAACGCCGGGUCCAUACUGCUGGCGUUUGGGGUGUUGGAGGCGGUGGGUGGGUGCCUCAAUACAUGGUUUCGGACCGGAAAGCUCUUCCCCGGCCCCCAUUUGUUCGCUGGUGCUGGGAUAACAGUGUUGUGGGCAUUAGCUGCUGCACUUGUGCCGGCAAUGCAGAAAGGAAAUGAGACGGCCAGGAACCUCCACAUUGCGCUGAAUGGCUUAAAUGUUCUACUGUUUGUAUGGCAGAUUCCAACUGGUAUUGAUAUAGUCUUUAAAGUGUUCGAAUUCACCAACUGGCCUUGAAGUAGUUGUUCAUAUCUCUGCUUUUACAUUCUCCGUUCUCCAAUCUUGAGAUUAUAUUGUAUCAAAACUAUGAACUCUUCAUAAUCUUUUUACUUGUACAUUUAUCAAAUGAUAUAUAUGUUAAAAUUCA